GAGGAAGCAGCUCUUUGUGGUCACAUCCUCCCUGACGGAGGCCGCUUUCACGAGGCCCCAAACAGCUGCUGCUGGAGGCUACAUGCGUCUGACCGUCUGCUCGCCAGGGCUGCACGGCAGGGCCCGACGUGUCGGAUAUCGCAGCGUUUCGUUAGUCGCAUCAGGUCGGAGGGAGUCGGCAUCUCGGUGUUAGCGGGUGGAAACGGUAGUUUUGUCGGGGGGGGGGAUCGCCCUGAAGGAAUAGCACAUUCAUUUUAACGGUGGUGAUUCAGUCCCGUGUGUUGUGUGACUCAUGGUUGUACAAUGAGAAAUGAUAAUAUAAAAGUAUGUGAUAAGAGCCUUUCCCAGUGGAAAAUAAGUAUCACUGAUGUGAACAUUUGAGUUUUUCAGCCCGCACAUAAGCAUACGCUCUAAAUUAGAUGCCCAAAAAUAUGAAUUCAUUUUGGAUUCUUUUUCAGUCAACAUUUUCCUCAUCUCCAGCAUCUUUAGAGAUGUUUAAAAAAAUUCGCAAACAAGCUUCAGUUUAACUGAAUGUGUGUUUUGAAAGUAAAAUUAAAAAAAAUUGGAAAUUAGCAUAACACUGCUGAUGUGAACAUUUUAGUUUCUCAGCCCUCGCAUAAGCAUAUGCUCUAAAUUAGCUGACCAAAAAUAUGAAUUCAUAAUGGAUUCUUUUUAAUAGUCGCGUGAAAGGGUUACUGAACAUUUUCCUCUGAUCUCGAGCAUCUUUAGAGAUGUUUGAAAAAAAUUCACAAACACGCUCCAGUUUAACUAAAUGUGUUUUGAAAGUAUCAGUUGGACACGUUGCUGAAGUUAACGUCUAGUGGACCAACUUGGCGUCUUGCAUAUUUGCUCUUUGUCAAUGUAUAUGCGUGGCUUUCUGCAAGUUCUAGAUGCAACACCUUUCGGAUAAUUGAAUACGAGUUUCAGCCGGACUGAAUCUUGUAUUUAAAAUGUGUCGGACUAAAAAAAAGGGGCACAAGUGGUUUUAUUUGAUCAUCCUAUUCGUCACAUGCUGCGCUGAGGCUCGCAUUAGUUACCUUCGCAUUGAAAAUGCGGAAGGUUUUGUUUUGAUCGCCAUUUAUUUAUUUGUAUGCGUGUUACUCGCAUAACUAAAAAAGUAUUAAACCCAAUCGCAUGACAUUUGGUGGGAUGAUUGGUUAUUAUCAGGGGACCAUUUGAUUAGAUUUUGGGAUCAAUCGGGUCAAACUCUUCUUUUUACCAUAGUGCGGUCAAUUUUUAUCCAAUUGGCAUGCAACUAAUGCCAACAUGUUCAUAAUUCAAUGCCCAAUAUUGUGAUAUGCAGAGGUAUGCGCUCUACCGAGUGCCCGUUCUAGUUUGAAAUUGGUUUGGAAAAUAUUCGCUCGUUCGUCGAUUUCCACGGCGCGCCGCUAAGUUGUUUGUGCUCUCGUCUUGCAGAAGGCCGGCGGAGGAGAACGCCGACUGUGCGCCGGUUGGAGACGGCGAUCCGGAGAAGAGCCGGGAGUUGUUGUUGAGCGGCUGUCCUCUCGCGCCGGUGAGACCUGCUGCGGCGUGUCACUUCGACAGAGGUCACGAUCUCCGCUCCUGCAGUCUGCACCCCCCCUUCCCUCCAUCAGUGUUGGUGACCCAGCUCCGGACCGCUUGCUGCAGGACCCUUCCUGAGCAGCAGCAGCUGCGUCCUGCUGGCUGACUCUCCUCCCUCCCCUGCUUCCUGUCCUUGGGCCGACAAGGCUAAAGCCUCCUCUCCCCUACCCCUCACCUUACACUCACACACACGCUCUCACACUCGAGUGCCUUCUUGUUGACCACGCGUUCCAACUACACUUUAGACCACCAGCACUGAUCGGAGAGAGAUCAUCAUCAGCGGGGGACUUCUACCCCGUCACCCUGAAGUGUGGAGCCGCCGCCAUCGAGGACCUCCCUUUCACCUACGCCAAGGCACCAAGCAUGACCACCAUGUCCAGCCUCUUCUCCUUCACGAGCCCCGCGGUGAAGCGCCUGCUCGGCUGGAAGCAGGGCGACGAGGAGGAGAAAUGGGCCGAGAAGGCGGUGGACGCGCUGGUGAAGAAGCUGAAGAAGAAGAAGGGCGCCAUGGAGGACCUGGAGAAGGCGCUGAGCUGCCCCGGGCAGGACAGCAAGUGCGUGACCAUUCCACGUUCGCUGGACGGCCGGCUGCAGGUCUCCCACAGGAAAGGCCUGCCUCACGUCAUCUACUGUCGCGUGUGGCGCUGGCCGGACCUCCAGUCCCACCACGAGCUCAAGCACCUGGAGGUGUGCGAGUACCCGUUCGGCUCCAAGCAGAAGGAGGUCUGCAUCAACCCGUAUCACUACAAGCGGGUGGAGAGCCCCGUGCUCCCGCCGGUCCUGGUACCGCGGCACAGCGAGUUCAACCCGCAACACAGCCUGCUGGUACAGUUCCGCAACCUCACCCACAACGAGCCGCACAUGCCCCUGAACGCCACCUUUCCAGAGUCCUUCCAGCAGCCGCAUAGCGGGGGCGGAGGCGGCGGCGGCGGCGGAGGAGGUGGUGGAGGAGGAGGCGGGUCGUUCCCCAUCUCGCCCAACUCGCCGUAUCCCUCCUCUCCAGCCAGCAGCGGUACUUAUCCCAACUCCCCGGCCAGCUCGGGGCCCUCCAGUCCAUUCCAGCUCCCAGCAGCAACAACAACUGGUCUCAUCCUCACUAACUCUCGCAACUCUCCGAAUGUCUCAGCUGACACCCCGCCCCCGGCCUACAUGCCCCCUGACGAGCAGCUGGGCCAGGAGAGCCAGUCCAUGGAGACCAGCAGCACCCUGGUGGCUCCGAACGUGGCCAGAGGAGAUGUGCAGCCGGUGGAGUACGAGGAGCCGAGCCACUGGUGCUCCAUCGUCUACUACGAACUUAACAACCGCGUCGGCGAGGCUUACCACGCCUCGUCUACGAGCGUGCUGGUGGACGGCUUCACCGACCCUUCGAACAACAAGAACCGCUUCUGCCUCGGCCUGCUGUCCAACGUCAACCGCAACUCCACCAUCGAGAACACGCGCAGGCACAUCGGCAAAGGAGUGCACCUGUACUACGUGGGAGGGGAGGUGUACGCCGAGUGCCUCAGUGACACCAGCAUUUUCGUCCAGAGCCGCAACUGCAAUUACCACCACGGCUUCCACCCGACCACCGUGUGCAAGAUCCCCAGCGGGUGCAGCCUCAAGAUUUUCAACAACCAGGAGUUCGCUCAGCUUCUGGCCCAGUCGGUCAACCACGGCUUUGAGGCCGUGUACGAGCUCACCAAGAUGUGCACCAUCAGGAUGAGCUUCGUCAAGGGCUGGGGAGCCGAGUAUCACCGACAGGACGUCACCAGCACCCCCUGCUGGAUCGAGGUGCACCUGCACGGGCCCCUGCAGUGGCUGGACAAGGUGCUCACACAGAUGGGUUCGCCCCUCAACCCAAUCUCCUCUGUGUCCUAAACGUUUCUUUGCCCCUAACGUCCCUCAGAGAUUCAUAAUUUAAGGUGGUCUUAAUGGCUGAACUGUUUACACCUAACUUUGGGAAGGGAUACUGAACUCUGGCUGGCUAUUUGACAACAGCCGGGAUGAGUUGUUGAGACGGAGUCCGGAGACGGAGCGGUGACGGCAUGAACACGCUGCCGCUCGGCGAUGCUACGACACCCGCGAGCAUCGAGGGCUCCGCCGCCGCAUUUGAAUCUUUGUCGAAUGCUCCAAUUUUUUUCGCAUCAAGAUUUUAUUGUUUUUGCUCGAAUGUUUUUAUUUCUCUGAAUGUGUAGUUUUUUUUUAACGUAGAAGUCUCACUACUCCGCCUUCUGUCCGAUGGACUAAUUCUCACAUCGUUGUCUCAACAGCAGAUUUUUACAAUGAAGAAUGUUUACCAAUAGGCUCGGAUAUAACAGAAGCUUUCUUUCUUUUUAAAAUGUAAAAAAAAAAUUAGUCUCCACUGAUAAAAAUGAACACUAAGCUACGGCCUUUUUCAGAAAGUGAUGUAUGCCGACCUGAUAGUUUUUGAUAUGGGAGAUCAAACAAUGAACACGUUUAACGCGCCAUAAGCUAACAACAUUGUUAACGUUACAUCUAUUGCAGAAGUAGUCGUCUCUGAUAUAAUCACACAAUGGACAUCGUCGUUACUGAUUCUUGUUUGGACUCCAGUUUAAGUCAGCGUGACUGUAUUCUACCGUACUCACUGUAUUAACAAUAUUGUGCACUUGUGGAUUUUGUGCAGGCAUAUUAAAUGUUGACGUGGGUACCAAGGCAUUAUGUUGAUAGAUAAUUUACUUCAUUAGCACAAUGAAAUAAACAGGUUAUUUGGUAACAAUGA